UAGCGACGCUUGUCGGUCGGGAGUUUAGCGAAGGGAGCAAAAUGGCGGAUGAGGAUAUUACGCUGGAUGGAAAACCUCUACAGUCGCUCCGUGUCGCGGAUUUGAAAGCCGCUCUGGAGCAAAGAAAGCUGUCCAAAAGCGGUCACAAAAAUGCGCUGGUGAAGCGGCUGCAAGGGGCUCUGAUGCUGGAGAAUCUGCAGAAAUCAUCUGCCUCUCACAGCCGCCUGCAACCCAAUUCUCAGAUUGCAGAGGAGAUGAGCCACAACAGCUUCGUAAAACAGUACAUGGCAAAGCAGCAGGAGCUCUUGAGACAGGAGCUGGGGAGAGAAGCUCAGCAAGAAGAUGAAGACGAUGAAAGCUCUGCAGUUGCAGAUGAUGACGACGACCGCUCAGACGACGACAGCUCUUCCAGCAGUUCUGGAAAACACCCACUGACGAGGACAGAGGAGGAGGAGGAGGGAGGAGGAGGAGGCGGCCCAUUAUUGAGUCAUGGCAUGAAGGCGUGUGGUCCCGACGUGCGCCGCACCGCUGUCCUCAAGCAGCGAGAGUCCUCUGAGGCUCCAGGAAAUGGCACGCAGCGAGCCACUUUCCCGCUGGGACUCAAGGAGCCGCCAGCCCCCUCUCCUCCCCGUGCUGUGGCCUCCUUGUCAGUGCGAGUCCUCGGUCAGCCUGACCGUCAGGGGCUGCCCCCUCAAGUGCCUCGAGCCCAGGAGAAGGAGGGGACUGCGCCGAGCGAACCAGGAUCAGCCUGUCCCGUCCUCCACCUGAGCCACUCAGCAGGAGCUCGUACACACGAGGACAGUGGCGAAGAUGAUGAUGGUGAUGAUGAAAGUGAUGAUGACGAGGAUUGGGGCCCCUGUCCUGGUCGGGUACGAAAGGCUCGCAGAGUCCCGCCGCAGCUCCUGCCCCCUAGUGUCCCAUCAACAGUCGCGAGGUCUAAACGUAAGCUCCAGCUGCCGCAGCACAUCCCACCUCCCCCGCAGGUUCAUCAAAACCCAAUGCAGCUACGCCACCCCACUCCUCCCCCCUCACCGCCCCCAGAGCUCUUGUUCCCUCUUCCUGACACACCCAAACAGAGCCCACCAGACACCGAUGAUCCUGAUGGAGACGAAGAAGAUGCUGGAGGCGGCCGAGGUAUGGCGUCUUUCUCACCUCCCGCCAUGCAGAGACAAGACUCAGACUCCAGCUAUCGCUCCAGCAGUCCUGAGCCUCCCAUGAAGAGGAGACCGGGACCCCUGUCUCUGCUCGUGCACAAGAUGGAAGCAGAGGGGGCUUUUGGUGCAGCCGAGCCUGAUUCGGUUGUUGAAGAAAUGGCGCACUCCACAACUGGGCUGGUCACCCCUGCUGGGACCGCAGAGUCUUGUGGAUCACCGCCACAGAGAUUGGACAAAAGGAUGCAACAAGAGGACAGAGACGAAGAAAAGGAGAGAGUGCAAGAACAACAGGAAGAACAGAAGGAAAAGGAGAGGAAGCAACCAGAAGAGGAUGAAGAACGGCACCUGGAAGAGGAGAUGGAAAAACAGGAAGAGUCAGGAGAGGAGGAGACGGGGGGAGAGCCUUGGCUAGAAAACAAGCGCAACAAUAGACGGGAUGAGUCAGACAAACAUGGCCACGUUUCACAAGGGGGAAGCAGAGAGGAUGCUGGAAUGGUCCAGCCGUCUCACACCCGGGACGGUUCUGAUGAGUCCACAGUGAACCAGAGUGAGCCUGAGAGAUCUGUCCUCAAGGACGACUCGCCUCCCCACGUUUCUCCGUCAAGACCUGCAGCCUGCACCGAGGCCGAGAGCGCACUAGCUACAGCCCAAGACUCGGCGUCCUCAUCGGACUCUGACUCCAAAUCCGAGUCCUCUUCAUCCUCAUCACAGUCCUUUUCCUCCCAGAUAAAUCAAUCCCUGCAAGACAAGGAUGAUCGUGGACCAAAGGCAGAGGAAGAAAACAGGCUGCUGUGAGUAAAGCGGAGCAGAAAACCACUUCUCACAAAAAGGGAAGUGUCAGAGCCCAGCGCACCUGCAGUGACGGAGGUGGAACCGGAGUCUGAGGGUUCUGCGGCACAGCAGUCGUCCUCCGGGGCCGAGCCAGACAACAGCGAGGGCCACCUGGAGGAGAGCACCACUCCUAAGGCUUUUGCAACUCGCAAGAUAUCCUUGACCAGCAGUAAAAUAUCUCCAGCUGCUACAGAAGGAGGUGCAGGAGACUCUGAGGCGGCAUCGACGGCUGCAGCAGGGAGGAAGAGGCGGUGGGGCUCCAGUACAGCGGUCACAGCCAAGAAACCAUCCUUCAGCAUCACCACAGACUCACUGAAGUCUUUGAUUCCAGACAUCAAAGUGACUCAGGAGGCCGUGGUGGAGCUGCACCCAGAGGAGUUUCAGCUCUCUGGGGACGAGGAGAACCUGGACACCAGCCAGGACGACCAAGACAAAGGCCUCAAAAUCCGCCGCACGGUCACACAGGUCGUCCCAGGUGACAGCCAGGAAAACGGACAACAGAAUGAAGAGGAAGAGGUCGAGAAAUCAGAAGGAGAAAAACAAGAAAAACCACGCCGAUCUUCCAAAGACAAAAGGAAGAACAGUCAUUGUGAGGACGUCUCAGACACACAAACGCCGGUCAAAGUGGACGCAGAGGCGAAAAAAGUUACCCCCAGUGACAGUGUGGUGCGCCGCUCCAUCAGUCAGCAGAAGUCUGGUGUGUCCAUCACCAUUGACGACCCGGUCCGCACAACCAAGCAGCUCUCGCCACCUCGUGGAAAAGUCUCCACCAUCAUCCAUGUGACCAACCUGGUGCGACCUUUCACCUUGGUGCAGCUCAAAGAGCUGCUGAACCGGAUGGGCACUGUGGUGGAAGAGGGCUUCUGGAUCGACAAGAUCAAGUCUCACUGCUACGUCACGUAUGCUACCACAGAGGAGGCGGUUGCCACCAGAGCUGCUCUCCACGGAGUGAAGUGGCCUCAGAGCAAUCCCAAAGUCCUCAGUGUGGAUUUCUGUGAGCAGGAUGAGCUGGACUUCCACAAAGGCAUCAUAAAGCCAAACAAGGAGGAGGACCACGUUGUCCUUCCAGCACUUCCUCCAAACCGACUGCCUCCUCUGAUGCCGGAACGAGAGCGGGAGAGGGAGCGCGACCGCGACAGGGAGAGGGAACGGGACCGAGACCGUGAGCGAGACCGCGGUGCCGUGCCAGGUGUGCGUGAUCAGUGGGCGGAGCGCGAGCGAGCAAUGGAGCGCAGAGAACGCGCCCGAGGCGAGCGGGAGUGGGACCGCGACAAAAUACGCGAAUUUGCAAGACCAGGAGAGGAGAGGCAGCGUUCUCGAUCCAGAGACAGGGAACGGAGGCGGCGGGAGCGGGCCAAGAGCAAGGAGAGGAAGACGGAAAAGAAAGAGAAGCCCGACGAGCCUCCAGCCAAAUUAUUAGACGACUUGUUCCUCAAGACCAAAGCAGCUCCGUGUAUUUACUGGCUUCCACUCACCGAGGAGCAGGUCACGCAGAAGCUUCUGGACCGCAUGGAGCGGCAAAAGGAGCGUGAGCGAAAGCGUAAGGAGGAGCAGGAAGAGGAGCAGAAGAGACAGGAGCAGGAGAAGAAAGACAGGCUGAAGGUCAGGGAGAAGGAUGGCAGCGCGGCCGCAAGCAGCGGCGGUGCCGGACGAGUGGCAGACCCAGACAGAGAGCGGGAGCGAGGCCGAGACAGAGAGGGGGACAGGAGGAGGGACGGACACCGGCCCAGACGAGCCUCGCCAACCGCUGGCGCCGGAAGGCGGUCUCAUAGCCGUAGCAACCCCAGGGACAGGCGGCGCUGAGGUGCCAGCAGGGUGAGGGACACGGUGCUCAGUGGACAUGGACUUCUCCUAAAAACAACACUCCCAUCGCUCCUUUGACACCAGCCUCGUCUUCCACACACAGCUGUUGGUUCCCUGACUCCGCCUCCUCAUUGUCGCUUCAUCCAGACGUCAAUAUAAGUGAUUUUUUAGGACUUGCACUGUUCUUCUGUCUUCCAGUGUCAGUGUCCCGGUCUGUCUGUUCUGCCUG